GAUAUAGGUUAAGUUGCUUGUCUAUGUUAAGUAGCUAUGUGGUAACUCAAAUAGGAAGAUGAUUUGUAUUCUUGAUUAUACUAACUGAGUCCAUUAAGUUAUAUUUAUGUAAAAGUACAAUAUAUCAACAUAGUCAGUGCAGUCAGUUCUGCAACGGUUAAAUUCAAUGGAGGCAUUAAUUCCCGUGAUAAAUAAACUGCAAGAUGUAUUUAAUACAGUUGGAUCCGACUCCAUUCAACUUCCACAAAUAGUUGUUUUGGGAUCUCAGAGUUCAGGAAAAAGCUCCGUAAUUGAAAGUUUAGUGGGAAGAUCUUUUCUUCCUAGAGGUACUGGUAUUGUCACCAGAAGACCUCUAAUUCUUCAAUUGGUAUAUUGUCCUAAAGAAGAUAGAGAACACAGAAGUGCGAUAGAUGGAACAUUGGAGUUAGAAGAAUGGGCGUUAUUUCUUCAUUCAAGAAAUAGAGUUUAUAAAGAAUUUACUGAUGUAAGACAAGAAAUAGAAAAUGAAACUGAAAGAAUGGCAGGAGAUAAUAAAGGGAUUUGUGCAGAGCCAAUUAAUUUAAAGAUAUUUUCUACUAAAGUUGUGAAUUUAACAUUGGUUGAUUUACCAGGUAUUACAAAGGUUCCUGUUGGUGAUCAACCUCCUGAUAUUGAGAGGCAAAUAAAGGAAUUAGUUUUAAAGUAUAUUUCAAAUCCAAAUUCUAUAAUUUUGGCAGUUGUGACCGCAAAUACAGAUAUGGCAACGUCUGAAAGUCUUAAAAUAGCGAAAGAUGUCGAUCCUGAUGGCAGAAGAACUUUAGCUGUUGUCACCAAAUUAGACCUCAUGGAUGCUGGUACAGAUGCUAUUGAUAUUUUAUGUGGUCGGGUUAUACCUGUUAAGUUGGGUAUAAUUGGUGUUGUAAAUCGAUCUCAGCAGGAUAUUCUAAACAAUAAAACUAUAAAAGAUGCUCUUAAGGAUGAGGCUACAUUCUUACAAAGUAAAUAUCCUACACUCGCUGCUAGAAAUGGGACACCAUAUUUAGCAAAAACGUUAAAUCGUUUAUUAAUGCACCACAUUAGAGACUGUUUGCCAGAUUUAAAGACACGUGUGAAUUUAAUGAUGUCUCAAUUUCAAUCGCUUUUAAACUCUUAUGGUGAAGAUGUGUCAGAUAAAAGUAAAACUUUACUACAAAUAAUAACAAAGUUUGCAUCAGCAUACUGUUCCACAAUAGAGGGAACAGCUAGGAACAUUGAAACUACAGAACUCUGUGGUGGGGCAAGAAUAUGUUAUAUAUUUCAUGAAACUUUUGGAAGAACAUUGGAUUCUAUACAUCCUCUUGCAGGACUCACAAAAAUGGAUAUUCUAACUGCUAUAAGGAAUGCAAAUGGUCCAAGGCCUGCCUUAUUCGUACCUGAGGUAUCAUUUGAGUUAUUGGUGAAAAGGCAAAUUAGAAGGCUUGAAGAACCUUCUCUUAGGUGUGUAGAAUUAAUUCAUGAGGAAAUGCAACGUAUAAUACAGCACUGUGGAAGCGAAGUUCAACAAGAAAUGCUUAGAUUUCCAAAAUUAUAUGAAAGUAUAGUUGAUGUUGUUACUCAUUUGUUAAGGAGAAGAUUGCCACCCACCAACGCUAUGGUGGAAAAUCUGGUGGCAAUUGAGCUAGCAUAUAUCAAUACAAAGCAUCCUGAUUUUCAUAAAGAAAUAUCAGCUGUUCCUUCUAUGAUUAAAUCAGGACCUAGUCGAUUAGAUAGACCAAAGUCGAUGAUUGGGAGACUUCCUACAGAUGAAGGGGAAAAUGAUGGAAGUCACAUGACAAUGCAGAAUUCAAGAAAAGUAGAAUUCUUUAGUUAUCUUUUACCUGCAUUGCCCCUAAGCAAUGGCGAUGAUUUCUUUAGUCUUUCUCAGGCGAGAUCGUCUAGUUUAUCUAGAGCAAACCAAAGCGACAAAGCAGACUCUAUCGUAAGGUGGAAUGGAAAUCCCUCUGCGGGACAGGACGAUAAGGAAAAGGUUCAAGAUAAUUAUGUAAAUAGUUCUCCAGAACAGAGUGUGGAAUCGGAUAUUAGAUCAAUUUUGAGUCCUGUAAAACCAGUCAAUUUACUUCCUCAAAUACCAUUAAAUAGCAACAGCUAUCGAAAAUUGUCGGAAAAUGAAGAACAUGACUGUGCGAUAAUUGAGAGAUUGAUAAAGUCGUACUUCUAUAUUGUUAGAAAAUCUGUACAGGAUACGGUUCCAAAGGCAGUAAUGCAUUUUUUAGUAAAUUAUGUUAAAGAUAAUCUUCAGUCAGAAUUAGUUACGCAUUUGUACAAGGCGGAUAAUGCAGAUGAACUUUUAAACGAAUCAGAGCAUAUUGCACAAAGACGUAAGGAAGCAGCUGAUAUGUUAAAAGCAUUACAGCGUGCUGCGCACAUUAUCAGCGAAAUUCGAGAAACACAUAUGUGGUAAUAGAAAAGAACUCUCUUUUCUACUAGAUGAUAACUCAGUUAAACUUUACAAGCUUUAUGCUGCAGGAUUUCACAGAAAAAAACGUAGUUAAUAUACUUCACUUCAUUAUAUCCGGUAUACUGUAAACAUUAUUAUGUAUGAGAAAUAUGUUGAUCAGUGUAAUUCCUAAGUACCUAACUAAAAUUCUCAUUCAGUUA